ACGCCGGGGCCGCGCUCACGGUCCCCCUCCCCGCCGUCCUCCUCCGCUGCCCGCUCCUUCCCCCGCCCGCCCAGCGCUGCCCGGCCCGGACGGCUGCUCGGAGCUGCCCCGGAGACUCAGGUAUGGCGCCCGCCCGGUCCCGACGGGAGGCGCUGAGGGGGUGAGUACUCACUCUGCUGGGAAAUAGGAGAGUACUUCUUGAGUAAAAAAUAUGCCUCCCAAGUUCAAGCGCCACCUAAAUGAUGAUGAUGUCACUGGUUCUGUGAAAAGUGAAAGGAGAAAUCUUUUGGAAGAUGAUUCAGAUGAAGAAGAGGACUUUUUUCUAAGGGGACCAUCUGGACCAAGAUUUGGACCUAGAAAUGAUAAAAUUAAGCAUGUUCAGAAUCAGGUGGAUGAAGUUAUUGAUGUCAUGCAAGAAAAUAUUACAAAGGUAAUUGAAAGAGGGGAGAGACUAGAUGAACUACAGGACAAAUCAGAAAGCUUAUCGGAUAAUGCAACUGCUUUUAGCAACAGAUCCAAACAACUUCGAAGGCAAAUGUGGUGGCGUGGAUGCAAAAUAAAAGCCAUCAUGGCUUUGGUUGCUGUUAUCCUUUUGUUAGUGAUUAUCAUUCUUAUAGUUGUGAAAUACCGUACUUGAUUUGAUGACAGAGAUCUUCAUUAAACAAAAUCUGGGACAAUAAUAAUAAAAGAUUGCUGCAUAAUUUAAAUGAAACCUAUGUAUAUAACUUUCAAAACUUCUUUUUUCAAGCAACUGAGGCAAGUAUCACUUCAAAUUGGAACACUGAGAAUGUCCAAUUAUCUUCUUCCCUUCUAACAAAAUGUGCUUUUAAUAAUUAUGUUUAAGGCAAAGAUAACCAGCCUCUAUUUUGCCAUAUUCCAAGGAUCUAAUUUGAAACUAGAUACUUGCCUGUUCAUUAUUUGUGUAUAUACUUAAGCACUGAUAACGAUAUUUCCUACUGUUGUUUUAGUGGCAUAAGGACUUGCGUUGUUGCGUCAAGGUGGGGGUCGGGCAGGUGGUCAGGAAGCCUGUGUAGAGCGCCACCAAAUCGUUAUGUUUAAAGAGAUGCAUAACCAUUCCGUCAGUAUUUGCAAGAUUCUUCUCACAUUACAGUUGCUUUGCAAGCAGUUUCCACAUGUUUAUGGGUUUAACAAAAACUAAAUGUUGGAAAUGUUGCUGCCUUCAGCUGUAACUGAAAACGUUCCAGUAAACCUAUUUUUGACUGUAUAAGGGAAUGUGUAGUAAUUUUUAGGCAUUUGGAUUAUGGAAAUGGGGAAUUUAAACAGUGUGAAAAGCAUAGUAUGACACCAUAAAACUGGAGAUAAUAAAAUUAUUGGAGAAUGUCA